AUGUCAGCCUCGGCACCAGCACCCCCAACCAUAGUGAUCAACACCCCCGGAUCACCAACCUCUACCGUCUCUGCCCCCAGAACCGAGCCCUCAAAAGAGCGACCUCAGAAACCGGCGCUCGUAAAGCAAUGCUACCUUUGCGAUGAGCAAAACCCGGGCGACUUCUCUCCAACCACCAAAUACCUCGAGACCUGCUUGCUCUGCUCCCGGCAUUUUUGCCCCAUCCACAAGUCCGUCAGUUGGGACCAAGUCUGCAACAUCAAUCAUGCCGAGUACUACCGGGGGUGCCUGGAGCGGGCGAGGCAAGAGUUGAUUACUCAGGGCAGAACAACGGAAGCAAACAGGCGAUCGCUUGCGGAGAUGUUGAUCAAUGAGGGUAUCUACCCGAGUUUGGGCGAGCGGGAGAAGGCCAUCUUCACAACGAGCCCUGUCAGUGAGACUAAAAUGCAGGAACUUGCCAACUACCGCUCCCUCGACGCCGCGUUGGCCGGAACGAGCACGCAGCCCAAGAGCCAGCUGAUUGAAGAGAAGGACUUUGUCGGGGCGGACAUUGCUGUGUGA